CCCAGUUAUUCCUGCGAAUUCCUACAGAUCUGUGCUUCUGUGGUGACAAUGACGAUGCCAGCGUCGCUUUCCGACUGCCCAUCUGUCGCGCGACUCACUAGCGACUGCGACGCAUCCCUCGACGCGCUUCGUGAGCAGGAGACCAGGGCCCGAGAGGGCGCCAAGCAGCUGGCAGAGGACAUCGUCGCUUCAGUGGCAGCCAAGGGCGGCGUGUGGCAGCCUCCCGAGACCACUGGCGAGGUGCUCGUCAACGCAGGUCAACACACGCAAGACGACCACGGUCGUGCGUUGAUGUGUGCACCGAUGUGUCCUGCUGUCGUGUGUGCGAUGCAGGCGGGGUGGUCUUUCCGGUGAGCCGCCGAGGCCUGCUGAUGCCUCUCAUGCGCAAGCGGUACAUCUCAGUUCUGCUCAUGCAUUUCGCUGACGGCAUGCCCAAGGACCCCAGCGGCCACGUCUAUCUGGAGGUGUCCAGCGCCUACUUCGACGCUUUCCUGGACGCACUGACCCUCUACGAGACCGGCCGUGCGAACACGGUGACCCUCCCCGCAAACAAGGCUGCCGACCCCACAUACGCCGAAUACCACUGCCUCUUCAUGCGUGAGGUCGGGGUCUUCUCCCCAUCGGCUGACCAGCAGCAAGCACCGCUCGACGCCACGAUGGCCAACAAUGGAGCGCAGCAGCCAUGGGAAGCGACUGCGGGUGUGGACGAGGCCACCCAGCAGUACUUCGAUGCCUCGCAGCCCUCGAUUCGCGCCUAUGUGAAGGCCGCCAAGGGGCUGGGGCGCCUCAAGGAGGACAUCAACGCAUUCCUGACGGCCAUGGAGCCCUUCUUGAAGACACCAGGCGAUGGUGACAGCACACUCUUGAGCCUGACCAUCCUGGGCAGGCAGGUGGUGAUCCUGAAGAGCACGCUUCUUCGUCUGGGGGACAAGCAUCCGCUGCUCACGCGAUUCUCCGAGUAAGAGGGGUGGGUGGGCACGGAAGCGAUCAAAUGCUAUGCACUCCGUGUCCGCUUUUGUGUGCAGCACCCCGCCGAAUUGGCCAGAUCGACACAUUCGACAGACGCCCGCCAAGCACUUCGUACACACGGUGGAAUUUGCCCGGCGCAUCGCCAUGACCAUGCCCAAGGGCCAGUUCAUCCACCCCCCGCUGCUCGACGAGAGUGAGCGACGGCUGUGCAUCGAGGACAUGGAGAUGUACGGCAUCGCCUACGCCCCGAUCUGCCAUCUGGCGGCUGGUGGCGAUCUCAUCGUGGACCUGCCGGCCGGCGAUGGAUGGGUCAUCCAGUCGGCGCAGGAGUGGGUGAGCGUCCUCGUCGACAUCAUGGACAAGCCCACAUGCAGCCCAUCGCUGUUGUUCAAGUGAGAAGAAACAGCUCGGAAUGCUCCGAGCAUUCCAACCUAUCGCACAAAAGCGGCUUUACGUUUCUGACAGGUCAAGCCGUGACGGUGAUGACUUCGGCACGAUGGUGGACAAGGUGGGCGAUGCGAGCGGUCUUCUCUUCCUCAUCAACCACAACGACACACACCGAUUCGGCGCCUUUGUGAACGGUCAACUCAAGCCGCCCGCCGACCCCACACACACCAGCGGACUCUACAAAGUGCAGCAGUUCCUCAUUUCCAUCAGCGGUGCAUAUGGCCAGGUCACCAAGAUUCCAAUCCCCACGGCCAGACAAACGGUGCAUGUCGCCGGCCGCGACGCGUUCAUCAAGUCCAGCAAUGAGGACUCACGUGGCAAGGUGGGAAGAACAAAGCAGCACGAGCAGAAUGACACAACUCUCACAUGUCAUGUGUGCAGUUGUGUUUGGGUAGCGGAUAUCUGUGGUUUGCCUGGGGCAGCCCCGGCCCCGCGGAUGACGUGCGCAGCAUGAAUCAGUGGGUCAAGACGCAGGACCUUCCCGAUGGCUACCUCGGCCAAUUCAACAGCGACGGCAAUGGCACACUGGCAGGCGCAUGGACAUUCACAGCCAAGGAAGUCGAGAUAUGGCAUGUGCAUGGCGGCGGUGCGACGAGCGCGUGAGUCAGGUGUCCCCAUAGCCGCUGUUUUUGACCCGGCUGUACCGUACCGUUUUGUCGGAAGAUGGACCAGCUCGUUCUUUGCAAAAGACAACUUCGUGUUUGUGCUCUCUGUGUCUCUGACGAUGCAGCCGACGUGGUGGCCUGAAUACCUUCACACACGUAUUGGCUCGUUUGAAGUGCUUGUGCGGUACGACAGUACGUCGGACGUUUUGUGAGAUC